CACGUGGAGCUGAGAAUCAGAAAUCAGUAUUUUGGAGAGUUAACCCUGAUCGUUGACGUCGUUGCCUGGAAUGCCAUUGAAGAGGCAGUGCCUCGCUUUGUGACCCGUACUGUUUGCUCAGCUGGUUCUUAUUUUCGCCGAAUAUCCGGCCAUAAAAGCCGGAACAAGGUCACCCGGUGAUCAGUUAACAGUGAGAUGCUUUGGCGCUGGGAUUACCUUAUCGUGGGCAUGAUGCUCCUGGCGGAGUUCAGCCACUUGGGCGAGGCGGUGGCCAAUGGAAGACGUAGAAACCAGAGACGCCUCGGCGUGAAGGGGCGACAAGUGGUGGCCAACAGAAGGAAUCGUCUCCGCACGACGGCAAAGGUGAACAACGCCGCCAGGAGACUCAACAAACAGCGGACGAAGACGAGCACCGAUGCCCCCAAAGUCCAGUCCAGGAUUGUGGGUGGCACCAGCACCUCCAUAUCAUCGAGACCCUAUCUGGUUCAAGUGCGUCGUGGCGACAAUCUGUGCGGCGGAACCCUCAUCCACGAGCGAUGGGUCCUCACCGCCGGCCACUGUGUGAAGGGCUAUGGUGCCUCCGACUUCGCAGUGCGGGCAGGAACCACGACACUGGACGGCAGUGACGGCGAAACCAGCUCUGUCACCUCCGUUCAUGUGGCUCCCAAGUUCACCACCAAGAAGAUGAACAUGGACGCGGCACUGUUGAAGUUGAAUCGUUCCAUGACGGGCACCAAUAUAGGCACCAUCUCGAUGGCCAGCUACAUACCCAAGGCCGGGGCGAAGGUGCAGAUCGCCGGAUGGGGAGUGACCAGAGAGGGAGGCACCACGGCCUCCAAGAGCCUGCAAGCCAUUCAGGUCAAUGUGGUCAAGAGGAGGAAGUGCGUCCGAGAUUAUCGCAGCAAGGCCACCAUCACCAAGUACAUGUUCUGCGCACGGGCCAGGAAUAAGGACUCCUGCAGCGGAGAUUCCGGUGGCUCGGUGGUCCGGGACAAUACCCUGGUGGGCAUUGUGUCCUUUGGCUACGGCUGUGCUCGCACUGGAUAUCCUGGCGUGUACACUUCCGUGGCCAUGAUCCGUAAGUGGGCCAACACGAUAAUGGCCAACAAUUAG